AAGUAAAUACCUAUUACUAUGUAGAUUUACCGUACGUGUGCACCAUGGAAUGGUCAACAAUCGCAUUAACUUUUCAUUCAAAAGAAAAAUCAUGUUAAAAAUAUUAUUUCCUAAAAAAGCAAGUUUACAAGUUACAUUAAAAAAAAAGCACUUGACAUUUGAGAAAUGUCAAAAACACAUGGUAUUUAUUUGACAUUUGUUGAGUUGAACAACAAAAUACAACGCGCACCGCACCAGUCGCCUGGCAGUCGUGGAACUUGACGAUCUAAAGCAGAUCACGCUUUAAAAGCAUUUUUAAAGUAACUUCAGAUUUCUAAAUUAAAUAGUGAUGGCAGGAAGAGGAAGAGGUCGUGGCGGAAGCAACCUAUCACUUACACACGAUCAACUGCAAGCACUCGGCAUAGCAAGAGGUGAGAAUACACCACAAAUAGUAGCACCUCCUCCAUUAUUUCCAAAACUUGAAGUUAAACCGCUUCCAUUACCUUCGGACGCAGCUACGGAUUACAUGUUGAUUGUGAAAGAUCAGUUUAUUGAAUAUUUACACGAGUCUCCAGCUUACGUUAGAAAAGAAGCCGAGACUGAUGGCAUCGAGCGAUAUUCAGAUAAAUACAAAAUGCUUGCACUUAAUGCCAAGAAAGACAAAGUAUUAGAUUGUGUGUGGGCUAAUAUGCCACCAGAACUUAGACCACAGGCGAAAAAAGUGCGCAAGGCGGCCACGGCCGGACCUAAACGAAAAUUAAAUGAUGCAGAAGCUAUAGCGAAAAGAUUGCAAACGUUGGAAAAGAAGGAAAUUCAAGGUGAUGAAGCUAUGGAAACUAAUGAAAACGAAGAGACUGUGAACAACCAGGAAGGAAAUGAUGAUGAGGAGGUUGAAGACGAACAUGAAGAAGAAUUUGAAAUGGAUGAUGGAACAGAUUACGCCAACAACUAUUUUGAUAACGGUGAGGACUAUGACGAGGAAGAUGACAAUCUUGAUGAUGGGCCUGUGUACUGAGCAGGUACGUGGCUUUGAAGUACACCUACUGCCAAAGCCUAUCCUUAUUCAGUGCAGCUCCAUGCAUCUCAAAUUCUUAAGGAACACUCAUACAACAUAAGUUUAGUGAUAGGAAAAUAUUUUGUGUCUCAUCAUUUUCUAUGACAUUUGACUUGACUGUAUGGUCUGUGAUAUUACAAGAAUAAUAAAUCUUUUAGUUGCUAAA